AUGGGUCAACCAUGGGCCGACCAACCAUACACUCUCCUCCCGCUGCCCGGGAUGCCGGGACAACGCACUAGCACCAAUAAGGAUGUGCUCGACAUGGCUGUCGAGAUGGCCCAUGUCCACAACUUGAUCUUACGAGGAAUGAAUGCCAUCUACCACCAAUGCGAGCACGUAACCAAGCCGGGGGAUAUUAAGGACUUCGUGCUGUAUAUCAAAACGUGGGGCGACAUGGUGCACCACCAUCAUUCGAUGGAAGAGACAGAGGCUUUUCCCGGGUGGGAUGGGAUCGCGAAAGCAGCGGGAGCUUCAGAGAGCAUCACCAGCAGGAACGUCGAGCAGCACCAUGCUUUCGAGCAAGGUUUCGAGGAACUCAGAACAUAUGUGGGGGAGAUGCACGAAGGGAAAGCUGAGUACGAUGCCGCAAAGGUCAAAGACAUGAUCGAAAGAUUCGCGCCAAUCCUCAACGUGCACCUACACGAUGAGGUAAACAUGAUACUCGAUAUGGAAAAGUACGACGGCAAGGCACUGAAGAAGGUCAUGGAUGCAGCCGCACAGACAUCGGUCAAUUCGGCGGACCCAAAUCUCGUCCUUCCCAUGCUGUUUGGAUGCUACGACAAGACCGUUCCCGGACUAGGGAAGUUUCCGCCGGUUCCAUUUUUCCUGCCAUACUUGAAUGCUUUGUGGUUCUCGAGGAAGCACCAAUCUAUCUGGAGGUUCAAUCCGUGCGACCAUUGGGGAAGGCCUAGACCUCUGGCUUUCGCGGGUCCAUCUCAGACACAAUGAUUUGCUCGUUGGGGAUCUAGGCAGCAAAGUUUUGGGGGCUUUAUCUGGGGUUCCUUACAUCUUUUGGUGGAC